AUGUUGGCGCUGCUCCCUGGGGCUGCAAUGGUGGGCUUGCUGGGGGCGCUGGCACUAGCUGGAUCCCCUGGGACUGAGCCGCUGCGCGACUCUGCUGAUGCUUCCCCUUUUGGUGGGCAAGUUCAGCAUGACUUUGCGAUCGUCGUCCCUGCGGGCGGCAUCGAGUGCUUCUGGCAGGAGGCGUACCAGGACGGGCAAUUCUUCUUUGGCUAUGAGGUGCAAUGGACGUCAGGGAUGGGCCACGACAGACACAUCCUGGCUACUGCAAAUGAUCCCAACGGCAUCCACCUCGGCACCUCCCAGGACGUGAGGGGGCAGAUCAACUUCCAAGCCAAGGAGACAGGCUACUACCAGCUGUGCCUCAGCAAUCGGUACAACCACUUUGGAUCUGUGCAGGUUCGUCUCAACUUCGGGGUCUUCUACGGAGAUUUCAACCUUCAAAACCAAGAACUCGAGAGGAAGAAACUCAACGACACACUGGACUCAAUUGCGGAGAGCACUACCAAGUUGCUGAUACACAUCUUCCACAUCUGGCGCUACUACAACUUUGCUCGGAUGAGAAGUGCCGCGGAUCACUUCCUUCUCCAGUCCAACUACAACUACGUGAACUGGUGGUCUGCAGCCCAGAGCGUGGCCAUUGUUCUCUCGGGGGUCCUUCAGCUCUACUUCCUGAAGCGCCUCUUCACCACGCUGCCCACCACGGCCACGAACAAGCCACGGUGCUAA